AAUAAAAACCACUGGUUAGCUGGGCGCUGAGGCCUUAAAACUACAAAUCCCACUCGCUCUCAUCCACGCGCUCCUCCGUUCCAAAAUUGGUCUCUGCCUUUCUCGCCAACUCCCAUUCUUCUUCGUUCCACUCUUCUGCCUAGAGCAGAACCAGUUUUCGAGGACUGAUCUCCCAGCUUGGGUGGUUUAGGGUAAAAUCCCUAAUCGGAAUAGCGUUAUUCUGGUGCAUAUUCACGAAGGAGAGGGUGGUAGCGAGCGAGCGAGAUGGGCAUGAAUUCUAUAUCCACAGAGUCCAAUAUCGACCUCAAUGAGCAGAUCUCGCAGCUUAUGGAGUGCAAGCCACUCUCCGAGCAACAGGUUAGAGCCCUAUGUGACAAGGCCAAGGAAGUCUUAAUGGAUGAAAGCAACGUUCAGCCCGUUAAAAGUCCUGUGACCAUUUGUGGUGAUAUUCAUGGGCAGUUUCAUGAUCUUGCUGAACUUUUUCGAAUUGGAGGGAAGUGUCUGGAUACUAAUUAUUUGUUUAUGGGAGACUAUGUGGACCGUGGAUAUUAUUCUGUUGAAACUGUGACGCUUCUGGUGGCCUUAAAAGUGCGUUAUCCACAGCGCAUCACCAUUCUUAGAGGAAACCAUGAAAGUCGUCAGAUUACUCAAGUUUAUGGGUUUUAUGAUGAAUGUCUACGAAAGUAUGGAAAUGCCAAUGUCUGGAAGACUUUUACAGACCUCUUUGACUAUUUUCCGUUGACUGCAUUGGUUGAAUCGGAAAUUUUUUGUCUGCAUGGUGGUUUGUCCCCUUCCAUUGAAACCCUUGACAGCAUACGUAAUUUUGAUCGUGUUCAAGAGGUUCCUCACGAAGGACCAAUGUGUGAUCUGUUAUGGUCUGACCCAGAUGAUCGAUGUGGUUGGGGUAUUUCUCCUCGAGGUGCUGGAUAUACUUUUGGCCAGGAUAUUUCUGAACAAUUUAAUCAUACUAACAGCUUAAAGCUGAUUGCCAGAGCUCAUCAGUUGGUCAUGGAUGGAUACAACUGGGCACAUGAGCAAAAGGUUGUUACUAUAUUUAGUGCACCCAAUUAUUGCUACCGUUGUGGCAACAUGGCCUCUAUUUUGGAAGUCGAUGACUGCAAGAACCACACUUUCAUUCAGUUUGAGCCAGCUCCUAGGAGAGGGGAGCCAGAUGUUACUCGUAGAACACCUGAUUACUUCUUAUAAAUCAGUUGGAAUUCUCUAUAUUCUAUUUACUUACUACUGGUUCCACUCACGUUCUGGUGGUUGUGCAAGAUGACUGUCAGGUUUAGAAUCUACAAUUCUACCUUCUGAUGCAUUUUUGAUGGUUUGUGGGAUAGGAUCUGUCAUAGAACAUAAGCUGCCUACUGAUUUGUCUUACACUUGAACAUCGCCUGGAUUUUGCGUCCGAGAGAUUGCCAAAAGCUGAUUGUUUUAGUCUGAUUGUAUCAUAUAUCCAUCACUUCUCUUGUUUUGUUUCUAAUAUCUUCUCACCCUUACCAUUCUUAUGGGUUUAAAUUUGGGUGAAUGGAUUUCAUUAGUGGAUACUUUGCCCUCUUUUUUCUUUCUUCCCUUUUUUCAAAAUGUCUCAUUAAACAGUAAUUUACAUGAUCAGCAGCGUUCUGGUUGUUA